AUGUUAGAAGUGGUGAUCUCACCCAGCCUCGCAGCAAGCAGUGACUGGAGCGAGCACCGUGCUGCCGUGGGGACGCUGAGUGACAGAGAAGGCGUCUCCAGAUCGGCCGCUCUGAGUGUGCCUCAGCUCUUUGCAAAGUCUCACCCUCGAGUCCCUCCUGGUCAGUCCUCCGCAGCCAUGGCAGCCUAUGGCCAGACACAGUACAGCACAGGCAUCCAGCAGGCACCACCCUAUACGGCGUACCCACCUCCAGCACAAGCCUAUGGAAUCCCCCCUUACAGCACAGCUGGGCUCUAUCAAGGCGCCAACGGAUUGACCAACUCGGCCGGAUUUGGGAGCAUGCACCAGGAUUACCCCUCCUACCCCAGCUUCCCUCAGAACCAGUACCCCCAGUAUUUCAGCCCAUCGUACAACCCGCCCUACGUCCCUGCCAGCAGCCUCUGCUCCUCGCCCCUCUCCACAUCCACCUACGUCCUCCAGGAGGCUCCUCACAAUGUCCCCAGCCAGAGUUCGGAGUCGCUGGCCGGAGACUACAAUCCACACAACGGACCCUCCACACCAGCAAAAGAGGGUGACACAGACAGGCCACAUCGGGCCUCCGAUGGGAAGUUACGGGGCCGGUCAAAGAGGAAUAGUGACCCCACCCCGGCAGGGGACAAUGAAAUUGAGCGCGUGUUCGUCUGGGACCUGGACGAGACAAUCAUUAUUUUUCACUCCCUGCUCACGGGGACGUUUGCAUCCAGAUACGGGAAGGACACCACGACGUCAGUACGCAUCGGCCUGAUGAUGGAGGAGAUGAUCUUCAACCUUGCUGACACGCACCUGUUCUUCAAUGACCUGGAGGACUGUGACCAAAUCCAUGUGGAUGAUGUCUCAUCCGAUGACAAUGGCCAGGAUUUAAGCACAUACAACUUCUCCACUGAUGGUUUCCACAGCACGGCGCCAGGGGCCAGCUUGUGCCUGGGCACAGGCGUUCAUGGCGGUGUGGACUGGAUGAGGAAACUAGCCUUCCGCUACCGCCGGGUGAAGGAGAUGUACAACACCUACCGCAACAAUGUGGGCGGCUUGAUAGGCGCUCCCAAAAGAGAGACGUGGCUGCAGCUGCGGGCGGAGCUGGAGGCCCUGACUGACCUCUGGCUCACCCACUCCCUGAAGGCCCUCAACCUCAUCAACUCUCGACCCAACUGUGUCAAUGUGUUGGUCACCACCACGCAACUGAUCCCUGCAUUGGCCAAAGUCCUGCUGUACGGUCUGGGCUCUGUGUUCCCCAUUGAGAACAUCUACAGCGCAACCAAGACAGGCAAGGAGAACUGCUUCGAGAGGAUCAUGCAGAGGUUUGGACGAAAAGCUGUCUACAUUGUGAUAGGCGAUGGGGUGGAGGAAGAGCAAGGAGCCAAAAAGCACAACAUGCCUUUCUGGAGGAUAUCCUGCCACGCUGACCUGGAGGCUCUGAGGCACGCCCUGGAACUGGAGUAUCUAUAGCAGUGCGGCUCGCAGCCACCGCCUGCCACCCACCAGCCAGGCCCCUGUGAUCUCACACUAUG